CCGGCUGCAUCUGCACAAUCCACCAGGAAGUGUGGUGCGAUAAAUCCUAAACUAUUAAUCCCUUAUACCUGGAGGUAGGAGAUAGAUAUUAGUAUGCAUUUUGGAUGGAAUAUACCAUUUGUGUCGCCUUUCUAAUCUACAAAUCGGUGUUUUGCAAUUCAUGCAGGGUAAACAUAAUACCCUUAACUCCCUGCAAGUUUGGGUUUUUGUGCUGUAGCAUUUAGUCCUUCUCACAUCUAACCCUGACUGCAAUGGGAUGCUGCGGUAGCACAGAGAGGACAAAGAGAGAAUGGAAACCCUUGGAGGAUCGAAGUUGCACGGAUUUGCCGUGGUUCCUUUUAUUUACUGUAUUCUGUGUUGGAAUGGGGAGUAUCUGUGGGUUCACCAUCGCCACGGGGGGCGCAGGCCGCCGGGUCUUUGGGUAUGACAGCUACGGGAACACCUGCGGCCAACGCAAUGAGCAGAUCGAAGGGGUCCGGCUGAGUGGACUAGAUCAGACAGACAAAAAGUAUGUGUUCUUCCUGGACCCAUGUAACAUUGACAUAGUGCAGAGGAAGAUCAAGUCCAUGGCCCUGUGUGUGUCCCUGUGUCCUGAUGAAGAGCUGAAGACGUACCAGGACCUCAAGAGAUUCGCCAUGCACAAUGGGUCGGAGCUGUGUUCAUACGAACUAGCCGGUCACAAAUACCCCAGCCUUCCAGAGAGGUUUGACAAAUGUCCCAAACUUCCAGUUCCACCAAGCAAAUCUCUCCCGGUGUUCAACCGCUGCACACCGGUGGACAUCUCCUGCUAUGCCAAGUUUGCAGAGGCUGUGGUGACGUUUGUGAGUGACAACAGCGUGUUGCACAGGUUGAUCGGUGGCGUGAUUGCCAGCAAGGAGAUCAUCGUGGGCCUCUGUCUGCUGGCGCUAGUGCUUUCCAUGAUCCUAAUGCUGAUCAUCCGCUACAUCUCUGCUGUGCUGGUCUGGAUCCUCACUGCCAUGGUGGUCCUGGGCUCCCUGGCGGGCACAAGCAUUCUGUGGUGGCUGUACAUAGACCACCGGUUAACUGCCAACAAGACCUUUUCUAAAGAGACUGCAGAGACUACGGAGACGAAAGAUGCUAAGGAGGAAGCAGAGAUGACAAGGGACAAUGCCCAGGUGCUUCUGGUGUAUGCCAUCGCUGCCACCGUAUUCACAGUGAUCCUUCUCCUGCUGAUGCUGUUCAUGAGGAAACGAGUGGCCCUGACCAUCGCCCUGUUCCACGUGGCCGGCAAGGUGUUCAUCCACCUGCCGUUGCUCACCCUGCAGCCCUUCUGCACCUUCCUGGCCCUGCUCCUCUUCUGGAUGUACUGGGGGCUGGUGCUGCUCUUUCUCGGGACCACCGGGAACCCGGUCCAGAACGAGGAAACAGGUCUGACAGAGUUCCGUCUGACUGGGCCUCUGCAGUACAUGACGUGGUACCACGCUGUGGGCCUCAUCUGGAUCAGUGAGUUCAUCCUGGCCUGCCAGCAGAUGACUGUCGCUGGGGCUGUGGUCACGUACUACUACACAAGGGACAAGACCAGGCUGCCAGUCACCCCCAUCCUGUCGUCAGUGCUGAGACUGAUGAGGUACCACCUGGGCACGGUGGCCAAGGGAUCCUUCAUUAUCACCCUGGUCAAGAUCCCACGCCUAAUGCUCAUGUACGUCCACAACCAGCUCAAGGGCAAGGAAAAUGCAUUUGCUCGCUGCAUGUUGAAGACCUGUAUCUGCUGUCUGUGGUGUUUGGAGAAGUGCCUCAACUAUUUGAAUCAGAAUGCGUACGCGGCGACAGCCAUCAACAGCACCAGUUUCUGUACGUCGGCGCGCGACGCCUUUGUGAUUCUGGUAGAGAACGCUCUGAGGGUGGCCGCCAUCAACGCCGUGGGAGACUUUGUUCUCUUCCUGGGCAAGAUCCUGAUCGUAACUUCCACAGCGUUCGCCGGCGUACUGCUGCUGAACUACAAGCGGGACUACGCAGAGUGGGUCCUCCCUCUCAUCAUUGUCUGCCUCUUUGCCUUCCUGGUGGCCCACUGCUUCCUGUCCAUCUUCGAGAUCGUGGUGGACGUACUCUUCCUCUGCUUCGCCAUUGACACCAAAUACAACGACGGUACACCGGGCAAGGAGUUCUACAUGGACAAAGCCCUGAUGGAGUUCGUGGAAAACAGCAGGAAGUUGGAACGGGUGGUGGAGCGAGGGCGGAGCCGCCCCACUGAAGCGGUGUCGGUGGAGGGGCCGGAGAUGAAGCCCAUGGCUCCAGGAACAAGUUCAGCUUGACCAAAAUCACCUAAAGGGACUUUUUUUUAAAGACAUUCCAAAAUGUUUAUUUUUACCAAUGUGUAACAUGUUUACUAUGGUUUCACUCCAGGGAUACAAUAUUUUAAUAAGAAACUGUAAAAAAAUAUAUAACAAUGUAAUGAAGCACUUUAUAUUGAAGCGCUGCAUAUUUUAAAAGGCUGAUGCAUUUUUCGUAGUGAUAUCCUUUUUUAUAAGACAAAGAAUUGCCAUCUAGUCAAACACAGUACUAAAAUGUAUUGAAUCACUGGGUUGUCAACGUUUUGCAUAACAAGUUUGCCUUUUGGUUGGACUUCUCGAUCAGCGUGAUACUUAUUCAUCAUGCAAUGAUAGCACUUAGAUGUGUUUUUAAUCAACCACUGAAACUUAAGUACGUUAGACUCACGUUUGCAUUUGAAUUCAAUCUGCAUCAUGGAAGAGUGUUAUUUUGUUUUGAAAGAUGUAUUUUUUUACCAGUGAGUGUAGGGGAUUCUUUUUGCAUCUUGCAGUGUGAUUUUUGGGAUGUGCAGAAACAGAGGAUGUGAUCAUACAACUGUGUUACAGCAGGAGGAAGACAACUUGUAGUUCCCAUGGUUUGGAGGGACACAGAGACAAAGUUACUGCGAUUUGCAAGUCUACCCCCCCCCCCACUACACCUGGGCACUUAGAUCUACAAGGGACCAUGAAGUUUAGGGGUAGGGACUAAGAGUUCAUUAUGAACUGGGCAUGACAUUUACAGAGAAAUAUCCAGAGGGCUGCAAAGGCUGUUGCUUUUCUUACUCAACCAAUUGUCCCCUAGUUUGACUCACUUGGUUCCUCUAUCAAACCAGUCAGUCAUUGUUGGGAUUGAUGGACAAUGUACAUUUGACCUAAUCAGGUGAGUUGUAACGAGUCCUCUUCCACUGAAGUCUCAGUAGGAAGUGAACUCAGACUUUGCAGUCCUCGAGCAAUAACGCAACACCAUGUAGUAUUUACCGCUAUAAAAAUGUCUUCCUACUUGCACUACAGCUUUUAAAGACGAAGGUUCCUGGCAGAGAGCGAUCAUCUGAUGUUGGG